AUGGUGAAUUUCGCUAUUGCAAGAGCUGCCAUCUUGGGAUACAAGUUGAGGCAUUUGAAGAUGUACAGUGAUGGAAGCAGUGAAUCAUCAUUCCAUGGUCUGCGAAAUAUUGUUAUGGAACAUAAGGAUCUGAUAAAAUACGUUGAAGAGGCCAAUGAAUCUUUGAAAUGGUACUUCUUGGGAGAAUUCAUCGUCAAAUCUUAUCAUAUAUCAGUGUCGAUAUCAAACGUGAUGCACUCAAAUAAGAACAUACUUUAUUUCCUUGUAUUUAUAUUGCAUCUGCUCAUACAAGUUGGUUUGGUUUACACUCGUGCCAAUGAGCUAUCAUUAAAAAGCACAAAUUUGAGCGUUGAAAUAUUCAAGAGUAACUGGUACGAACAAAGUUCUAAAGUGAAGAGGAGUCUCUUGAUUGUGAUGGCCAGAGCGCAAAGACCACUUGUAUUUACCAUCGGCAAUUUUCGAGUGAUCGAUAUUGAAAUGUUCGUAAACAUGACCAAAGCUGCGUAUACGUUCGUUCUGUACCAGAAGAUGUAG